UUUCUCCCUCAUGGAGAGGGUCAGGUAGGCAAGUAUGCGGUAUGAGGGGGCAUUAGUAGGAUACCAGGUGAGCGGUAUAAGGCGGCAUUAGGAGGAAACCAGGUGAGCGGUAUGAGGAGGCAUUAAGAAGACACUAGCAAGCGGUAUUAGGAUACCAGAAAACUGAACAGUGAGGAACUGAAGCAUCUGUACUAGAAGUUUCCUGAGAAUAAGAAAAUGGAUAAUGACAGCAGUCACAUGAAAGAGCGGAUACUAAAUCUCACCCUGGAGAUCAUCUACCUGCUGACUGGGGAGGAUUAUACAGUAGUGAAGAAGACACUUCCAAGCUGUGCCUCCAUCACGGUUCCUCCACCUCACUCACUGAUACAUAAGAGGCACAAUGACCAGAAGAUCCUGGAUCUCACCAACAAGAUCAUUCAGCUGCUGACUGGAGAGGAGGGGGAGUAUAUAGAGGAACACAGGAGUCUGUACAAGGACGUGAUGAUGGAGAAUCACCGGCCCCUCACAUCACUGGAUGGGCCCAGUAACAGAGAUACCCCAGAGAGAUGUCCCCGUCCUCUGUAUUCCCUGGAUUGUACAGAGGAGAAUCACAGGAUCCCACAGGAGGAUCAGAUAAACGAUAUAGUGGGAGAAGAAGAGACUUAUGUGACUGAUAUUAAGGAAGAAUAUAUAGAAGAAGAAGAAACUUAUGUGACUGAUAUUAAGGUAGAAGAUACAGAGGGAGAGGAAGAACCAUAUGUGAGAGGUGAUCAGCAGUGUAAGGAGGAGGAAAUCCCUACAGACCUCAGCACAGCAGAUGGAGGACCAAGUAGGAAGACUUUGGAAAGAGAUCUCAUUUUUUCUCCAGAUAUUAAAAUACAAGAUAACAUCACACAGGAUUCUCCAGGAGACAUCCCCAUUACUCUAAAUAUACAUCCUGUACCUCACAGUGCUGAUCUAUCAUCUGAUCCCUCUGAUCAUAGGGAAUGUUCUCCCUAUAACUCAAAUAUUGUUACAUAUAGUUCUGCUCUUACAGAUGAUUCAGUCCUUACCUGUUCUGUUUGUGGUAAAGGUUUUGGAUGUCGGUCAAUGUUUGUAAGACAUCACAGAAGUCACACAGGUGAGAGGCCAUUUCCAUGUGCCGAAUGUGGGAAAUGUUUUACACAGAAAUCACAUGUUGUUAUACAUCAGAGAAGUCACACAGGUGAGAAGCCAUUUUCAUGCCCCGAGUGUGGAAAAUAUUUUAGACAGAAAUCAGCUCUUGUUAUACAUCUGAAAAAUCACACAGGCGAGAGGCCAUUUCCAUGUUCUGAGUGUGGGAAAUGUUUUACACUGAAAUCAAAGCUUUUUAGUCAUCAGAGAACUCACACAGGUGAGAAACCAUUUCCAUGCUCUGAGUGUGGGAAAUGUUUUGCACAGAAAUCAGAUCUUGCUAUACAUGAGAGAAUUCACACAGGUGAGAGGCCAUAUCCAUGUUCUGAGUGUGGGAAAUGUUUUGCGAAGAAAUCAUAUCUUGUUAAACAUCAAAAAAGUCACACAGGUGAGAAACCAUUUCCAUGCUCUGACUGUGGGAAAUGUUUUACACAGAAAGCAGCUCUUGUUACACAUGAGAGAUGUCACACAGGUGUGAAACCAUUUCCAUGCUCUGACUGUGGGAAAUGUUUUGCAAAGAAAUCAACUCUUGUUACACAUGAGAGAAGUCACACAGGUGUGUAACCAUUUCCAUGUACUGAAGGCCUGAUUUGGAUUUGUAUGCAAAGAUGAUGGUUAGCAUACAAGUCUGCAUUGUUGGAUGCAGACUUACUGGACUUGGCUGUCUGGAUGCGAUGGCCAGUCCUAAGUAAACAGACUGACCAAUGUCUACCAUUGCGAGUCCUCAGACGCAACCCUCUGAUCUUACAGAUAAAACCUUUUAUUCCAGUGAUUACUCUGAUCCUUAGUGUACUACUGGCGUUACCUGCUUUCCAAAUACUCUAAUACCUAGUCGCCACCUCAAGUUAAUUCAUAUCUAUUUCAUAUACAACAGAAGAUCUGAUUAAUGUUUAUUUGUACUGUGGGGUUUACCAUUGAUAGUAGAAACACACACACACACACACACACACACACACAGAGAUUUAUGGUAGACUUACCAUUGUUAAAUCUCUUUCUGCGAGGCACACUGGUUUCCACAGGGAAUAACAUCGGGGUGUAGAGUUGGAUCUUGAUCCGAGGCACCAACGAGCUAAAGCUUUGACUGUUCCCAAGAUGCAUUGCACCGCCUCCUCUUGAUUAAGGUGAAAAGAUGACACCACCUUAGGUUAAUAACCUGGGCGAGUUCUCAGAACUGCCCGGUCACGAUGAAAUAUCAGGAAGGGUGGGCGACAGGACAAAGGUCCUAAGUCUGACACCCUUCUAGCAGAGGCAAUAGCCAACAAAACAGGACCUUAGCAGUAAGCCAUUUAAGGUCCACCAUCUGAAGAGGCUUGAAAAAAAAUCACUCAAGGUGUAUUAGAAAAUCCGUUGACGUUUCGGGGACGUGCUCCCCUUCCUCAGAACAAAUUAAACAGUGCACAAAAAACACAAUAUAUACCCACUUACCCCCUAGUCCUCCCCCGCCAGCAUCUCCCACGUGCACGUCACCUGUGGCACUGUUUCAGCGCUGCCGGGCGGAAGAUAUGCGGCGGAACUCGGUCCUGUAGUCAUGGCAGCGUUUUGGCAGGGCUGCCCGUAAUUCCUCCUAGCGUGUCCCUCCCACUGCGGCCGGGCGGAAGUGACGUCCCAUGUUACGGCUCCGUCGCCCGGGCAACACUAGAAUCAAUAACAAAAACGUAACAUAAGCAUACAGUGAUAAAUCAAUAAAAUGAAACUGUGCAAUAUUACACAUAUGAUCAGGCACAGGGUGCAUAAAAACACACUUAUUCGUGACAUAAAAAUAGUAUCAAGUUGUGACAUUGAUCUGACAUUGUGUGCAUUAAAACAAUAAUAAAACAGCAUAUUAUUAAAGAAAAGUUUUUUUUUUCUUGCAAUCGCCCAUAGCGAUGACACGUUAAGGCACAAUCUCAUUAUAAAUGCGCCGUGGCUACCUAUAAUUAAUUCCUAAUCUUCAAUAUCAAAAUACUGGUCUUACUCACUGCACCCCUAAUACUACCUCCAUCAUAAGACUAAUAUGGCCUACACAGUAGCCAUACCGCAACGGCAGGGGUGUAGUAUGGUAUGCAGGCGGCCGGGCUCCCGGCAACCAGCAUACUGGCGAUGGAAGCCCAACCACCGGCAUACCGACAGCGUGGUGAGCGCAAAUGAGCCCCUUGCGGGCACGGUGGCGUGCAACGCGCGCCACGCUAUUUUUUUUUCACUCCAUGGGGGGUCGUGGAUCCCCACGAGGGAGAAAAACUGACGGUAUGCCGGCUGUCGGGAUUCCGGCGCCGGUAUACUGUGCGCCGGGAUCCCGACAGUCGGCAACCUGAAAACCACCCCAAUGGCAGAUAUCAGAGCGGCUGGAUUUAUAAGAAAUGUAUAAGUCCCAAUGAGACCCUUGGGGCGGGAGUGUCUGCAACCUAAAUAUCCAUUGGGACUCGAGCUGCAACAGCUUCUUCCCCCUGUUGCCACCCCUAAUGGAUUCUGGGACAUGGUCAAUAUUCCUAUGUCUCAAAGUUGCUAUGUUAUGUUUUUGCUCGAAAAAUGGCGAGCAACCGGUUGCGCUGCCAUGCCUGUGGAUAGCCUGUCUGUGCUGUGCCAUGUGGAUUUUAAAUUGGCAUUCAGUCUUCCCUACAUAGUAGGUGCCACACGGGCACAUGAUGCCAUAGAUUACAAACUUUGUGCUUAAUGUUAAUGACCACUUGAUAGGAAUUUUUUUUACCAGAAAAUGGGUGCGUGAUGGAAUCGCCUGGUGACAUGAAUGUACAUGUAGUACAACCCAGGCAUUUAUGGCACCCAUUUUUUCGUGUCAAAAAAUGUGUGGGGACUGAUUUAAAAUUUGUGGUACAGAUGAGUCCACAUUUAUCUUGACCUUUUAAUAGUAUUAACUGAGACUGGCCAGUCGGACUUAAUCCUCUGCUGUAUUGUUCUCUGCAUUGUAUUGCAGCUGAGAACAAUAGAUGAAGGGUUUAUGCUAAUAAAUCAUGUUGUGCCUAGGUGCAGAAAACGAAUCAAGAUAACUGUGGAUCCGUCUGUAUCUGUUCUUACCACUAUAUCACAUAUGUCCACGCCAGCAUUGCGGUCUGUCUCUUGAGACCGCGACCGGAUCACGAUUUACCUUACCUCUUCCCCUGAUGUGCAGCCACGCGAUCCAGGAGAGCUGCGGUGUGUGUGCUUGAAGACCGGAGCGCCUCCGCUGCAAGUACCUGGGAACCAGGCUGUGGGUGUGUGCAGCGCCGCAUGGGGAGGUGAUGGAGUCACAGCGCAGGAUGUCAGACUGACAUUCUAUACAGUGCUGCAGCUCUUGAAGUCUUCUUAAAAACUCUUUUCAGGGCUGCCUAGCGCAGCCCUCCCUGUUAGUUACCUGCACUGCAGGCACCAACUUACAAACUGAGCUCCAGUGCCUGGAGGUGGGGCUAUAGAGGAGGCGGUGCAAUGUACCCUGGGAACAGUCAAAGCUUUAGCCUGUUGGUGCCUCAGAUCAAGAUCCAACUCUACACCCCAAUGCUAUUCCCUGUGGAAUACCAGUGUACCUAUAUAUAUAUAUAUAUAUAUAUAUAUAUAUAUAUAUAUAUAAUAGCAGCACCUCAGGGCUCAGGAAAAAAUGACCAAUAUAAUUAAAAGAUUGUAGACACUCCAGCGGUACUGCAAACAAGAGACAAAAAGUUAAUUACUUGCAUAGAUAGUGAUGGCUAUCUGUGUGUUCACCAUCGAUGGUGAAACUGUGAGUGACAUUUCUGUGAAUAACCCGUGGCCAAUCACAGCCCAGGGGUGAAGCUUAGCGGGUGCCGGGGCGGAGCUAUGCUCCAUGUCCCGGCAUCUUGUAAAAAAAAAAACCAUUUGACAUCGGCCUUAAACUAUCAAUGAUUAGGAAUCAUCGAUGUUCGAUGGCCAUCCCUGUGCGUAGGUGCACUAAAAACUUUGUAUAUUCUUAAAAUUUUUAUUUAUAGGUAUGCAUUUAAAUCUUUAUUCAUAUUUGAGAAACUGAAAUAUAUAAAUGUAUAGAGUGAGAUAGAAAGAAAAAAAAAAGUGUUUUAAAAAUGUUCCAACCACUGACUGCUGUCAACUGUUAAUACAAUUGCAAGGUAAAAUAAAGGCUUAAUAGCCCACCUUAUUCUUUAAUAA